GGCAGGCCUGGGAGGCGGCCGGGAGGUGGGGCGCGGCCGGGGGCCGGGCCGCGCGGGCUUCAUCUGCGGCCGCACGGCCUGCGCCCGAGAGCUGGGGACUCCGAGGCGCGGCGGGACGAGCGUCGGAAGAGGUUAUGGGCCACCGCUGGGGCUUCCUGAUCGUCUUCCUGGGCGCCGUGGGGCUGCUGGGCUCGUGCUACGGCAGGCAGCAGUCCUCGGAAACGGCGGCGCAGAGGUGCUUCUGCCAGGUUAGUGGUUACUUGGAUGAUUGUACCUGUGAUGUUGAAACCAUUGAUAGAUUUAAUAACUACAGACUUUUCCCAAGACUUCAAAAACUUCUGGAAAGUGACUACUUCAGGUAUUACAAGGUAAACUUGAAAAGGCCAUGUCCUUUCUGGAAUGAUAUCAACCAGUGUGGAAGAAGGGACUGUGCUGUCAAGCCUUGUCAGUCGGAUGAAAUUCCCGAUGGAAUUAAAUCUGCAAGCUAUAAGUAUUCUGAAGAAGCCAAUAAUCUAAUUGAAGAAUGUGAGCAAGCUGAACGACUUGGAGCUGUGGAUGAAUCGCUGAGUGAGGAAACGCAGAAGGCUGUUCUUCAGUGGACCAAGCAUGAUGAUUCCUCAGACAACUUCUGUGAAGCUGAUGACAUACAGUCUCCUGAUGCGGAAUAUGUAGAUUUGCUCCUUAAUCCUGAGCGCUACACGGGUUACAAGGGACCAGAUGCUUGGAAAAUAUGGAAUGUCAUCUAUGAAGAAAACUGUUUUAAGCCACAGACAAUUAAAAGGCCUUUAAAUCCUUUGGCUUCUGGUCAAGGUGAAAGUAGUGAGAAUACCUUUUACAGUUGGCUAGAAGGUCUCUGUGUAGAAAAGAGAGCAUUCUAUAGACUUAUAUCUGGCCUCCAUGCAAGCAUUAAUGUGCAUUUGAGUGCACGGUAUCUUCUACAAGAUACCUGGUUGGAAAAAAAAUGGGGACACAACAUUACAGAAUUUCAGCAGCGAUUUGAUGGAAUUUUGACUGAAGGAGAAGGUCCAAGAAGGCUUAAGAACUUGUAUUUUCUCUAUUUAAUAGAAUUAAGGGCUUUAUCUAAAGUGGUACCAUUCUUCGAGCGCCCAGAUUUUCAGCUCUUCACUGGAAAUAAAGUUCAGGAUGCAGAGAACAAAAUGUUACUUCUGGAAAUACUUCAUGAAAUCAAAUCAUUUCCUUUGCAUUUUGAUGAGAAUUCAUUUUUUGCUGGAGAUAAAAAAGAAGCGAACAAACUAAAGGAGGACUUUCGACUGCAUUUUAGAAAUAUUUCAAGAAUCAUGGAUUGUGUUGGUUGUUUAAAAUGUCGACUAUGGGGAAAGCUUCAGACUCAAGGAUUGGGCACUGCCCUGAAGAUCUUGUUUUCUGAGAAACUGAUAGCAAACAUGCCAGAAAGUGGGCCCAGUUAUGAAUUCCAUCUAACAAGACAAGAAAUAGUAUCAUUAUUUAAUGCAUUUGGAAGAAUUUCUACAAGUGUGAAAGAAUUAGAAAACUUCAGGAACUUGUUACAAAAUAUUCAUUAAAGAAAACAAGUUGAAAUGUGCCUGUUUCUGGACAGUGGAAGCCAAAGAAUGGAUUUCAUUCAAAGGCAAAAUAGCAAUGACAGUCUUAAGCCAAACAUUUUAUAUAAAGCUGCUUUUGUAAAAGGGAAUUAUAUUAAUUAUAUUGUUUUAAGUGAACAAAAUUUUUUAAUUAUGUUAAGUCUGUGUAUAAUAUUAUUGUGAGUAAAAGUAAUACUUUAAUGUGGUUCAAAUUUUAAAGUUUAAUAUUAAGUAAAAUCAGGAUUAUCAAAUUCAUGUACGGUGAACCUAACUAAAUGAUGUUUUAAGUCUCUCAAACUAGAAUUUUGUGUAAGAAGGUGUAAUAUAAAUAAAACUAUGGCCAAUGUGACAAGCAUUUAAUAGGAAAUUGGUAAAGAGGCUCAUGAAUGACCCAUUAUUAACAGCCUAAAAAAUUUCAAUAUAUUUAGGGUUACAAGAUUUAGUAAAUAAAAAUACAGAAUGCCAAGUUAAAUUUGAAUUUCAGAUUAAUAAGAAAUAGUUGGGGUAUGUAUGUUGCAUGCAAUAUUUAGGACUAACUUACACCAAAAAAAUUAUUCCUUGUUUAAAAUUCAAAUUUAACUGGGAGUCCUGUUUUUCAUCUGGUAAUCCUGUAAUACAUUGGUAUGAAACAAAUCAGCUUUAGAAUUAUAUUGCUAUUGUGAAUGGGCUUAUUUUGGUGUGUAGAAGGAUUUCUAAACAGUGUGAAAAAUUGAAUAGAUUUAUAUAUUUAUUCUCAAUACUUUCCCUAUUCUGAAUAAAAUUUGGGAGGAAUUUUUAUUUUUAUAUAAUUUCAAAUUUACAGAAAUGUUUCCAGCAUAGUACAAAGAACUCUUUUACCAGAUUCACUUAUUGUUCAUGUUUGCUUUAUUUCUCAUGCUCUCUCUGUAUAUACACACAUACACUAUUUUUUUCCUGAAUCAUUUGAAAGUAAGUUACAGGCAUCAUGCCCUUGAACCCUAAGCACUUCAGUGUGUCGUACUGAAUACUUUUUAAAAAUAAUUUUUUUUCAGAAAAAAAAAACCUGGAACUAUAUAAGCCUUAGAGUAAGGAACUCCUUUGAGUUCCAAUCUAAAGUUCUUUUUGAGUUUUAUAACCCUUUUAUUGCUUGAUCUGUAUAGUCAUGGGGCAUAAAAUUUUUGUUAUUUGUACAUGAUGUUUAUUUCCUUUUUCUCCAAAAAACAAAACUGUAAUUUUCAGAGGUUUUCUCUAGGGUAAGAUCUGAAAUGAUAAAAAUAUUUGAAGGGAUUUAGGAAUUUAUAUCUCAUGGUAAUUGUAGGGAAAAAAAACUACAUACCUCAAAAUCAUGGGUCCUCUGUAUGUCUUGGCAGGUUUACCAUAUAAAAUUGAGAUAUAAAAUUAUUAAUAAAGCAGGAUUUAUUUA